AUGAGCUCAGGUCCGCUCAAAACAGGUCUGUCUUCCAGACUUGGGCCAGGGUCUCAUCACACGGCUUCAGGCAACAACCAGUCACUCCUACUCGAUAAGUUGCACGCAAGGACAUCUACGCCAGACUCGGAGGCACUCGCUAGCUCAGACGACGAAGGCGAUCACCGAUACGAGUCCGCGCAAGCAGCUGCACACUCCGCAUCUCAACCAUCAAAACCCGUUCGACGGCCUUCGUGGUUGAACGAAACCUCACAAACUUUAGGUCGCCCUCGCAGAGGAUCUAUUGCUAGUAACUCAAUGUCUCCUACUGCGUCUCAUCCAAGUACGCCUUCUGGCGAGACUGGUGCCGCGACGUGGGGAUCCCACCCCGCAUCAUCUGUGAUGGGUCGGGGAUCAGGGCCACCUGCUUUCCCGUGGGGUACUGCUAUCUGGAAUCAGGAUCGUAAAGACCCUCCAUCGAGACUCAGUGAAGUUUUGCCUUCUCCCACGUCUACCAUGCCCCCAGGUGGUGGCAACUCUUUCUUUAACUCCGAGAUGCAAACAUCUCCAGUUUCGCGCGAACCUGGACCUAACCCUCAAAUCCCUUUUGCUAUCCCGCUUCACCCCACCCCUAAAACAUACAGGUCGCAGUCAUACUCUGUCGGACAGCUGGAUCCUGAAUCAACGACCGUUCCCCCUUCUAUGAGCUCUUCGGCUAUGAUGGGCCGUGCUCGCCACCCCGCACUUCAACAUCGACCUUCACGCCCAAGCAUGCUGAGUGAGAUGGCAAACGACGGCACAAUGCUAGGGAAGGUCAAGGAAGUUGAAGAUGACGACGAUGAAAGCCCAAGUGAAUCUAUGCAAAGUUCGUUUCAUCAGUCGGAUGCGAAAACAAUCGAGAUGUUGGCGCGCGAAAACGCUAUGCUUCGCCAGCAGCAAACGCAGUACAAUGCUCGCAUUCGACCCCGCGCAGCCACCGGAUCCGCCUACGCUGCAAACGGGUACCCUAUGCGAGAAACUGUGCCUGAGGAGUCUGAUUACGCUGUCGAUGAGCUUGAUGAAGCAAACGAGUCUGGUGAUAUGUUGGCCAAACGCGCAAUGAACAGGCGAAUGAGUGAAUAUGGCCCGGGACCCAUGCGCUCUCCGUUUGGUGACAACCGCAAGGCUGAAAACGCCAAUCUUAAGAAAGCGCUCUGGUCAAGCUCGCUCGCCUUUUCUCCCUCUGAUAUUUCUCAGAGCCGACGACAUUCCUUUGCCAACAUGCCUACUCGUCAAGGAUCUAUCAGCUCUAUCACUGACGCCGCACUCGAACCUUCCGCACUCGACAUGCAGCAAUCUCAAGAGUAUCCCCCAGGGUAUCCCGACCCUGCCGCCUUCGGAGCGGCUUCUCAUGCAGGCCAAUACUUUGGCGGAGGUGCCAACCUCGGAAAUGCGUACCAGGCCGGGUUUCCCAAUCAAUACGCAUCUCCUUAUGGGCUGCCCAACCCUUACGGGAACCGCGCACCCUCUCCUCAUCGCAAUGUCUAUAGCAUUGCCCAGCCUCGCCACAACCAGCUUCUUCACAUUGUGUUGUUCAAGUGUGCGCGAGCUGACGUCUUCUACAUUCAAGAGGGCACUGGUCUCACCGUCAAGCCUGGAGACCUGGUCAUCGUUGAGGCUGAUCGCGGCACUGACCUCGGCACUGUUGCUAAGGACAAUGUCGAUUGGCAGGCUGCCAAGGACCUCAAGGAGCACUAUGCUGAAGAGCAGUACAAGUGGCUGAUGAUGUACUCCCAAGGUGCUGCUGCUGCACAGGAGGGAAGCAGUGCAGGUCUUCUUGCCUCUUCCACCGGUCUCCAGGGAAGCGCGGUUGGAGGCAUGGGACCUCCCAGCCAGCACCAUGCUCAGGAACCCAACACCGGCGAACUCCGACCCAAGCUCAUCAAACGUCUUGCACAGAACCAUGAGGUGCAUGCCUUGCGGGACAAGGAAGGCCAGGAGGCUAAGGCAAAGCGCGUUUGUAUGCAAAAGGUCAAGGAGCAUGGCCUUAACAUGGAGAUUCUCGAUGCCGAAUUCCAAAUGGACUGGAAGAAGUUGACCUUUUACUACUUCGCCGACUCGUACAUCAACUUCAACUCUCUUGUCACCGACUUGUUCAAGAUCUACAAGACGCGAAUCUGGAUGUCUGCUAUCAACCCAGCCUCAUUCGCUAGCCCAACUCUUGGCAUCCAGGCUCCUAGUGGCAUCGGUCCUGGAGCUGUAAAUGCGAACCGCAAUGCUAGUGGUAACGACCGUCGCCAGAACCAACAGGGUCAAGAGCCCCAUCAGGCGUCCGCUUUCACUACUGGAGCCAGAGAUGGUCGUGGUUACCGCCCAGCUUUCAGCCAGCCUUUUGGCAACGAGAGCCGCCUUGCGCAGCCAUCUGGUUAUCCUCCCUCUAACUACCUUUACGGGCAGUUCAGCAACGCUUUCAGCAACCCCCGAAGCAAUGUUGGCUACGGCGGUAGUGCUAUGCCCGCACUUGAGGGCUACCCCGGAGCACAAGUUCCCCAGCUUGGAGAGUACCAGGCUAUGCGUCAGCGGUUCCCCAACCCGCAGUCUGGACCAAGCCCAGCACCUCACUCUCAGGCUGCCUCACCUCUGGCUCCUCAGAAUGACUGGGUGGGAUCAUUCCAGGGUCUCUCGCUCAACACUCAUUAA